AUGACCAAGCCACAAUAUUUAUCAAAUUCCUACUCUGAAUAUAUGGACCCAGCUAUUGGUAUUACACAACAAAGAAGAUCCAGCUACCCAGGUACAUUAGGUGGGAUGGGACCUUCCCCAUUAGGCCCAAUGAAUCCAUUACAGUAUCCAGGCCAAGUUAAUGAUCCUUUAGGUUAUCCAUAUUAUCCAAUGUACUAUCCAUCACCAUAUUAUGUUCCUUCACCAGGAUUAUAUCAAUAUCCAAACCCAAAUAUGUAUCCUGGUGGUAAUUUCUUACCAAUUAACAGUACAUAUAAUAUUAAUGGAUUAAGUGCCGCAAAUUUAAACAGUAUUAUGUCUGCAAAUGGUGCAUUCGCCAAUGGAAUACCAAACGGCCUAAAUGUGAUGAAUGGAUAUCCUUCAAAUGUAAAUUCUCCUGCAAAUACAACACCAUCAAACAAUAAUAGCACUAAUAAUAGUUCUAACAAUAACAAUAACAAUAGCAAUAAUAGUAAUAGUAAUAAUAAUAAUAACAAUACCAAUAAUAAUAAUAGUAGUACUAAUGGUUCUACAAGCCCUAUCCAAAAUACAUCACCACAAAUAAAUGACCAAAAAAAAAAUGCUACAAAUGAUACAAAUUCUCCUCGACCUGUUUUACCAUCAAACAAUGACGACGAUGAAAUUUUGGAUAAUAAAUUUAAACCAUCAAGUUUACCAGCCACAAAAAUUAAAAUCGGUGAAUGGGAGGCCAGUGCAUCAUUCCCAGGCGACAUUAUUGCAAAGUUCUAUUUUACAAAAAAACAAAUUGUUUGGGAGCUAUUAAAAUAUGGAUUAAAGAGUAAAAUGGUAGUAAGCUUUAAUGAUAUAACUGCAGUUAUUAUUGAAUAUCAAAAUGAAGAAUCAGCAACAAUGACAAUUGAAGUUUCAAAAGCACCAAAGUUUUACAAAGAGGUUAAUCCACAACCAAAAAAGAAUACAACUUGGAAUGUAUCUGGAGAUUUUACAGAUGAUCAUUGUGCCUCAACUUACAGAAGACAUGUUUUAUAUUUUAAAAAAGCAUCUUUAAUUAAAAAUGUCGCAAAAUUACACAAAUGUGAUAUUAAAUUAAAAAGAUUAGUAGAUAAUCAAGUAUUUAGUGUAGAUGAUAUUUAUUUACCAGGGGAAAAUCCCAAUUCUGUCGAAAAUCAAGUAAUAGCACCAAAUAACAAUAUAAAUAAUUCAGUUAAUAAUUGUAAUGCUGUUAAUAAUAAUGGUAAUAAUAAUAAUGGUAAUAAUAAUAAUGGUAAUAAUAAUAGUGGUAAUAAUAACAGUAACAAUAAUAAUAACGGUGUAAAUAAUAGUAAGCAAAAUGAAACUCAUGUUAAAGAAGAUGAUUCUACUCAAAAAAAUAAUCAUGGUGUUAAUCAUAACAGUAUUAAUAAUAUGAAUGGUAGUUCAAAUAGUUUAAAUAUGAAUAGUAGUAAUAGUAGCAUCAAUAAUAUGAAUAAUAGUAUGAACAAUAUGAAUAAUAACAUGAACAAUAUGAACAUGAAUAGCAGUAUAAAUAAUAUAAAUAUGGGCGGUAAUAAUAAUAACAAUAAUAACAAUAAUAACAAUAGUGGAAAUAUAAGCGGUAACAAUAACAAUAACAGUUAUAAUAGUAAUAACAACAAUAACAACAACAACAACAACAGCAAUAAUAAUAAUAGUCAAAACUUUUUCCCAAAUCCAAAUUGUUACUCAAUGAAUAGCUCACCAGAUUCAUCAAGUUUAAAUAGUUCUGGCAGUUCAAUGGAACCCAAUAAACAUCUUUCAAGUUCUGUAAACUAUAAUUCAGAAUUUUUCCCACAAACUGGAGAUGCCGCUUUAGAUUUAUCAUUUAUUAAUCAAAAUGCAUCUUUUGAUUCACCACUAUUCGAUCCAAACGACCCAACUUUUAUAAAAGGUAUUGGUUCAGUUGGAUCAACACCACCAAUGCCAAAUUAUUUUAUAUCCCAAGGUAAUGGAAACAAUAGCAAUAAUAAUAGUAAUGGUUUAAACAACUCAAAUAAUAGUAAUAACAAUAAUAGUAUGGGCAAUAAUAAUAACAAUAAUAAUAACAAUAAUAACAACAAUAAUAACAACAAUAGUAAUGGUAAUAUAAAUAAUAAUAAUAAUAAUAAUAAUAAUAAUAAUAAUAAUAAUAAUAAUAACAAUAAUAACAAUAAUAACAAUAACAAUAGCAAUAAUAAUAACAAUAACAAUAGCAAUAAUAAUAACAACAAUAGCAAUAACCAUAACCAUAACAAUGGCAAUAAUAAUAACAAUAACAUUAGCAAUAAUAAUAAUAAUAAUAAUAAUAGCAAUAAUAAUAACAACGGCAAUGGCAAUAACAUAAAUAAUAUUGGUAAUAUUAGCAAUGGUAAUAAUGUUAAACAACCUUAUAAUUUUGUUACACCAUAUAAUUAUUCUUUUAAUGGCUUUGUAGGAGAUCCAAAUAUGGGUAACCAAAAUAAUAUUAACCAACCAUUUUCAUUUAUUGCGCCACAAAAUAAUCCUUUUUCUUUAAAUUCCAAUAAUAUUUCUUCACCAUCAAAAAAUAUCUAUUCACCAGAUUUAACAAUAAGCCCAAACAAUUCAAUUGUUAAUAAUAGUCCCCAAUUAUCAAAAGGUUUCCAAAAUUUGGGACUAAAUUCACCCAAUGUUAAUGCUCCAUUACCAUUCAGUAACGAUUUUUCAAAUUAUUAUGAUUUUUCAGCAAUGACUUUACCAACUGAUAAUAUUCAUAUUAAUAUAAAUAAUAAUGCUAAUAAUAAUAAUUCUAAUAAUAAUAAUAAUAAUAAUAAUAAUAAUAAUAAUAAUAAUAAUAACACCCAGAAUACCAAUCAAAAUAAUAACGGUAUUUCAAAUUUAAAUUUAAAUAAUUGUAACACUAGUAACUCUCAAGCUUCAUUGGCAUCACCAAAACAAAAUUCAAGAUUAUAUUCAAAUAGUGAUAAUAAUAACAUAACAAAAACAAAUAGCGAUGAUGGUUCCGAUGAUAGACUGAGAUCAAAAAAGAAAAAAAUUAAUUAAUAUCAUUUAUUAAUUAUUUAUAUAUAUAAAAAAAAUAAUAUAAAAAGUGUAUAUAUAUGGAUUAUUUAAUAUCUAUAAAUCAUAUAAAUAAUCCAAAUU